AUGGCGUGGUGGACUGCGUCGAUCCCCCACAGCUGCACACAGCUCCUCCUGCUCGCUCAGUGCGCUCUCCUCACAGCCACACCGGUAGUCGCCGAGCCGCAGGUGGUAUCACUGCCAAUCUAUCGAAAUGAACGUCGCUCGAUCGUCAAGCGUGACACGAUCACGGCCAACCUCAGAAAUGAUUACUACGACGGCAUGUUCUGGAUCAAUGCGACGGUGGGCACGCCGGGACAGCUCGUGCAGCUGCAGAUCGACACGGGCAGUAGUGAUAUCUGGAUGAUGGGCAAGUGGCCUUGUCUGGAACUUGGUGAUCAAUGUCUGGGUGGUUCCUAUGACGAAAUGAGUUCAUCGACUAGCACGGUUCUGGACCGUAACGGUUUCACCAUCGGCUAUGUGGACGGCUCCGGCGUCGAGGGAGACUAUGUCAGGGACGACUUCUCCAUCGGCGGUGUCAGAGUCCAAGGUAUGACUCUUGCUGUGGCGACGCGAGUCAAGGACAUCGGUACUGGUGUGAUGGGCAUUGGAUUUGAAUCGGACGAGUCCAUCGCUGCCUAUGGCAGCAAGCCCUAUAAGAACCUGGUCGACAGGAUGGUUGAGCAAGGACUUAUCAAGUCUCGCUCGUACAGUCUGUGGCUGAAUGAUAUCAGUGAGUUGUCUCUUUGCUCGGAGGAUUCUCCCCUCCCCAAUGUGACUCUUUAUACUGGCAUCCCGGGAGAAACAAAUCAUGAUCAGACUAAUGAAGGAAAACCCUCCACAGACGCCCAGACCGGCAACGUCCUUUUCGGCGGCUACGACACUGCCAAAUUCCACGGCGAUCUCGUCGCCAUGAAAGUCCAACCAGACGCCCAAUCAGGCCGUAUCACCUCCAUGACCGUCGCGUGGACCUCACUCUCCGUGACCGAUCCCACGCACGGCAACAAACUCCUCACCUCCAAAUCCUUCGCCCUCCCCGCCGUGCUCGACUCCGGCACAACCCUCACCUACGUGCCCCAAGAUCUCUACGACGAACUCGCCUCCUUCGCCAACGUCGUCUCCUACGAGGGCUCCGACACGGGCUUCGUCGACUGCAACGAUGUCAACCAGUACAACGGCACUCUGGACUUUGGCUUCGGGGGGCCCAACGGCCCCGUCAUCUCCGUGCUCUUCUCCGAAAUGGUCUUCCCCUUUGUCGAUUCCAUGGGAACUCAGCAGAGAUUCAAAAACGGGCACCCAGCAUGCUCCUUCGGCAUUGCCCCCGCCCCCAACAACAACCAGAUUCUGUUCGGCGACACUUUCCUCCGCUCAGCAUACGUGGUCUAUGAUCUCGAGCGCAAAGAAAUCGCCAUCGCCAAGACCAACUUCAACAGCCAGGACUCCAACGUCGUCGAGAUCAGCCCCGCCAAUUCCACCGCCACGCCCACUUGGAAAUUCGUCGACGCGGUCACAGUCGCGCAGACGGGGACGGUGGUGCCUGAGCGUCCGGGGGGAAUCGCCUCCUCGUCCAUCUUGUCUUCGAGCCAUUCGUACACGGGGACGGGCAUCGGUUUCCAUAUGCCCACCGCGACGACCACGAGCACAAGUAAACAUAAUGCUGCUGUGCCGGGGAGGGCGAUAGGUUCGGGAUUGCUGGUUCCUGUGGGAAUUAGUGUGAUUUCUGCAUUCGCGGGCGCUGGAUUGCUUUUUGCGCGGUAG